CGUUUCUCCUAGGUUUACGUCGGGAUUUAGUGAAUCCCGUGGAAGAUGGAUUUGCGGGAGAUAUAGAAGCCGGAGUGCGCGAGAGGGUGGAACCCGUGGGUUACCUUCGUCGAUGGUUUCGGGUGGGCGCCGACAGAAGGAGGAGGGGAAAGGUAGGAGCUUCGGUGGCCUUGCUAUGCCACGAUCUCGUUGUUGCCUUCCCAGCUAGCUCCAGUCGCAGUAGUAUCGCAAGGGUUUCGGGCUCGAAGGUGAUUGGCUUCGAGCGAAAUCGUGAUAGAGGAAGGUCGGAAGAAGGGGAGAGCAAGGGGGAGAAGUCGUUGUAAACCCUGCCCCUUCCGCCUCGAUUUAUAGGGAGCGAAGUCGGUGCGAUCGAGCAAACAGGGAAGGCGGCAACCGCGCAUCGAGAAAAAAAGUAAGGAAAUUGCGAGCAAUGGAAAAAGGAAAGAAGAAAAAAAAAAUUCGCGGGCCAUCUAAUGGACUGGAAUCAGGGAGCGCUAAGCCAGUGGAUUCGUUUGGUAAUAAUAAAAUUCCCAGAGCUGUUCCUAAGCCCCCGGCUGCUACCUCUGCAGCUGCUGCUCCAGGGGAUGAAUCUGGUCCAUUUCUUCAGUUUGGGAGCAUAAGUCCCGGGAUUAUGAAUGGGAUGCAGGUUCCUGCUAGAACAUGCUCUGCUCCACCAAACCUGGAUGAGCAGAAACGAGAUCAGGACCGUCAUGGUUCGGUUAAGGUUUUGCCUUCACCCCCUAUUCCUGCCCCAAAACCACAACCAGCAUUGCAACAAACACCACUGCAACAGCCACUGACACAGCAGAAGCAGCAACAGACAGUUAAAGAUGCAGUAGGUUUUAAUCAAGCUGGCAGCAGGGAACCACAUCCUUCCACCCAUCUAAAAAGGGAUAUGCAUAUACACAUUCCCUCAAUUCCUGGUGCAUCAACAGCAAGAUCUUCUGUUCUUAACGUAGGUGGAAUGCCAAUGCAUAUUCCUUUUCAACAGACACAAAUUCCUGUGCAAUUUAGUGGUCCAAACUUGCAGAUUCCAUCACAGGGUAUUGUACCCAGUUCCUUGCAAAUGACAAUGACAUUACCUGCUGGAAAUGUUUCCCAAGUUCCUCAACAGCUGUUUGUGCCUAAUAUUCAGUCUCAUCCGCUGCAACCUCAGGCAAUAUUGCACCAGGGACAGAAUUUGGGUUUUACACCUCAGUUAGGUCACCAACUCCCUGCUCAGUUAGGCAGCAUGGGAGUCGGCAUUAAUCCACAAUUUCAUCAGCAACAACCUGGAAAUUUGGUUUCUCAACGGAAGGCUGUGAAGAUAACCGAUCCAAAAACUCAUGAGGAGCUUAAACUUGAUAAAAGAAUUAAUUUACAAACUGAUUCGGGCACCACGGGGAAAAGGCAACUUCCAAAUUCAACAUCUCAGUCCCAACCUCUUCCAUCAUUUAAUCAACAGAUCAGUUAUUAUCCAACAGUUUAUAAUCAUUCCCCAAUGUUUUUCCCUUCUUCUCUUCCUCUCUCAAGUACCCAAAUGACUACAGGUCCACAGCCUGCAAGAUAUGGCUAUCCAGUUGGUCAAAAUGGGCAAACCAUUUCAUUCAUGAAUUCAUCAGCUCUUAACUCUGCUCUGGUUGGCAGACCAGGGCUUCCACCUUCAUUCCAUGGUUUGCCAGAAGCGGUAAAAUCAGAUGUAUCAUCAGUUUCUGCCUCAGUAACUGCUCCAGCACAAGUGACAAUCAAGCCUUCUAUACUUUCAGCUUCAGAAAAACUUGGAACUCCAUCAGUAAGAAUUAGCAUGCCAAUCACUAGGCCGGAAUCACCAAGGCAGUCUAAAUUAACUGGGGAUGUUCCUGUUGCUCCUCAACCGAAGAUCAAGGAAGUUGUCUUACAAAAUACAACUACAAUUCAGGAUAAAAGUCAUGAAGCGCCUCUAACUGAUUCUUUUUCCUCUACAACUGAUAAGAACUUGACAAGAGUAUCUUCAAUGGUUUCGGGGCAUGUUAAUAAGUCUGAAGGUGUUUCUUUGGCUCCUACUUCUGUUGGGAGUUCUGCAUCUGCUGUGGCAGUCAAAGAUGGCUGGAAAGAGGAAGCUUUAAGGUCCGAAUUUCUGAAUGAUGACCAAAAAGGAUCAAGUAAAAGGGAGCUUAAGCUUUCUCAACAACAGAUAGAAGAUACGGAAUGCCUGAUUGUGCUUUCUCCAAAGACUGUAUUGGGCAACAAUUUGACAGAUGUUGGGCAUUCAUUAUCAAAUGGUGCUGUAGGCAUUCAUUCAGCUCCAGCUGCUGAUUCUUUCACCACGAUCAGGGAAUCUAGAACUUUUGAACUGGAUCUAAAGAAAGAUACAGCGGAACCAUCUGACGCUUCUGUUUCAGGUUCUGAUCCUGUAGCGGCAGCUGGUGACAGACUUCCUUUUGAAGAGGCGGGUUAUUUAGAAGAAUCUACUUCAAAUACUGAUGUUGAUGGAAUUAAUUUAGGAACUUCUGGUGCGUCUCUUGGCAUUUCUAAGACUUUGGAGAUUGGACAGAUGGAAGAAAAUUUGACUGAAGCAGAAUGUGGCUUGGGUGAGGUAUCUGUCGGUGAUAUAUCGGAUAGCAUUUCUGAGAAACCUCGUUCCAGGAUAGGUUCUUCUGAUGAGGCAGCUGGGAUACCAGUACUGGAAGGGGAAAACAAAACUGGUUCUCAGCUCUGUGACAGUGUUGAUCUACAGUUUAGUAGCCUGGAGGAAGAUGAGGAUUACUCGGUCCUGAGGACAGAAACAGUUUCAAAUGUGCCUGCUACAAUAUUCCCAGAUAAUAUGGAUGCUGAAGUUACCGCUUCUGAUCAGGUGUCUUUUACUGAUGAUAAUGAUGCUAAAAUCCCAGCUACUGAUUCUAAAAUUGAUAAACGUAAAACACAUUCUGUGAAUGUUGGUACUAGUGAACAUGGAAGUUUGUUGUUGGAGAUUGCUCCCAUGCCUACAGGUUCAGAAAUAAAAUUUAAACCGGGAGUUAAAACUAUGGAGCUCUCUACAUCGGGCCAAACACUAUCAGUGCCUUCAGGGUUGCCGGACAAAACUUCUUUAGAGGCAAAUAUAUCUAAGACUAAUAAAAAGAAGAAGAUGAAGGAAAUUCUUUCAAAGGCAGAUGCUGCUGGUUCUUCUGAUUUGUAUAAUGCAUAUAAGGGUCCAGAUCAAAAGUUGGUCUCUAUAAGAACCUCAGAAACUAUUGAAAGUUCUUUAGCAGCCAAUUCAAAGAAUUACACUGUUCAAGGUCACACUGAUGCUGAUGUUGCAGCUAAUGAGCUAGAUGAACAAUCUAAAGCUGAAAUUGAUGACUGGGAGGAUGCUGCUGAUGAAUCUACUCGAGAAUUGAGAUCUGAUAAUGGUGAGCUGGCUCAUAUGGAAAAGAAUAUGCAUGAUGUUGAUUCUGGAAAAGAGUCUAAUGGCAAAAAGAAAUAUUCUCGAGAUUUUCUAUUAAAGUUUUCAGAGCAAUGGAAAAAUCUUCCCCUUGGGUUUGAGGUUGGAUCUGACAUUACUGAUAUCUUAAUGUGUGCUCAAGUAGGUAUGGGCCGUGGUAUUGACCGUGAUGCGUUACCUAGUCCUGUAAGAAUUAUCGAUAGAUCUCCAGGUGUUUCUCGAGGUGACCGACGCAUGGCUGGCAUUUCAGAUGAUGAUAGGUGGAUGAAAGGAUUCCGCAUUGAUCUUAGUCAUGGAGUUGCUGCUAUGAAUGCUCGUCCUGGACAAGGAGUUACCCAGGGUGUCCUCAGAAAUCCUCGUUUACAGUCUCCCAACCAGUUAUCUGGUGGAUUACUGUCUGGUCCUAUGCAGUCUUUGACAUCCCAGGGAGGGAUUACAAGGUAUAAUUCUGAUGCUGACAGGUGGCAGCGAGGUACUGGCACUCAAAGAGGCUUGAUGCCUCCUCCGCAGGGAUCUAUGCAAGUAAUGCACAAGUCUUCUAAUAGAUAUGAAGUUGGCAAAGUGUCUGAUGAAGAAGAGCAGAAACAGAGGCAAUUGAAGGCUAUAUUGAACAAAUUAACACCUCAAAAUUUUGAAAAACUAUUUGGCAAAGUUAAGGAGGUCAACAUUGACAACAUAGUGACUCUUAAUGGGGUCAUCUCACAGAUUUUUGACAAAGCAUUGAUGGAGCCAACUUUCUGUGAAAUGUAUGCUGAUUUCUGCUUCCAUCUUGCUAGUGACUUGCCUGAGAUUUUUGAAGACAAUGAAAAGGUUACUUUUAGAAGGUUGCUUCUGAACAAAUGUCAGGAAGAAUUUGAGAGAGGGGAAAGAGAAGAAGCUGAAGCUGACAAUGCUGAAGAGGGUGAAAUUCAUCUCUCUGAAGCAGAGAGGGAGGAAAAAAGAAUGCAGGCAAGAAGGCGUAUGCUGGGAAAUAUUCGGCUGAUUGGAGAACUGUAUAAAAAAAGGAUGUUAACAGAAAGUAUUAUGCAUGGAUGCAUCCAGAAGCUGCUGGGGCAGUAUCAGAACCCUGAUGAGGAGAAUAUUGAGGCCUUGUGCAAGUUGAUGAGUACCAUUGGAGAGACGAUAGAUCAUUCCAAAGCCCGGGAAAAUUUGGAUGCUUAUUUUGAGAUGAUGGCACGACUCUCAACAAACCAAAAACUUUCUUCUCGGGUUAGGUUCAUGCUUAAGGACACAAUUGAUCUUAGAAAGAACAAAUGGCAGCAAAGAAGGAAGGUUGAAGGUCCAAAGAAAAUUGAUGAUGUGCACAGAGAUGCAGCUCAAGAGCGACAAGCUCAAACCACUAGACUGACACGUGGUUCUAUUAUCUCUUCAAAACGUGGGCCACUUAUUGAUUAUGGUCACCGAGGGUCUACAAUACUUAAUUCUCCAAGUUCUCAGCUGAGUGGUAGCAUUCGUGGUUUUCCUGGGCAGAUUAGAGGUCUGAGUAGCCAAGAUGUUCGGUUGGAUAAUAGGAAUCAGUUUGAGAGUAGAAUGCUAUCUUCAGUACCUCUCCCUCAAAGGCCUGCAGAUGUUGGUUCCAUUACCCUCGGUCCUCAAGGAGGUCUUGCAAAGGGAAUGUCUGGCAGAGGACAAGGGCUUGUAUCAAAUGUUCCUUUAACUGAAACAUCUGCCAGAACUGGUGAUUCUCAUAGAUUAGCAUCAGGUCCUAAUGGUUUCAGUUCUACACUUGAUAGAAUGCCUUCUACCGCUAGAGAAGAAGGCAUGCCAAAGUAUUUGACUGAUAGGUCAUCAGUGGUAACAAAUAAUCAAACAAACUUUCAAGAUCGUAACUCUGUUGUUGGGAUGAGAGACUUGCAUCACGUGGAUCGUGCUUUUGAUAGGUCCGGGGUAUCUAUUACGGGGAGGAGACCUGGUUCUUCAGGUGGCAAAAUAAGCGCAUCUGAACCCAAAGCCUUAUCCGAAGAGACUCUAAGACAUAAGUCAAUAUCAGCUAUACGCGAGUUCUAUAGCGCCGAGGAUGAGAAGGAAGUUAUUCUAAGCAUCAAAGAAUUAAGCACACCAAGUUUCUAUCCUUCAAUGGUUUCGCUUUGGGUCUGCGACUCUUUUGAAAGGAAAAACUUGGAGCGAAAUCUGUUGGCACAACUUCUUGUGAACCUAAGCAAAGGUCAUGACAGUUUGAUUACGCGAGCUCAAUUGGUUGAAGGGUUUGAAUCAGUUCUGUCAACCUUGGAGGAGGCUGUGACUGAUGCUCCAAGAGCUGCCGAAUUUCUUGGCAGUUUUUUUGGAAAAAUUGUUGUGGAGAAUCUCGUUCCCUUGUGGGAGAUCGCGAAAUUGAUCAGUGAAGGCGGUGAGCAACCCGGAGCCCUCGUGGAUGCCGGCCUCGGGUCGGAGAUUCUCGGUAAUUUGUUGGAGUUUGUAAAAACAGAAAAAGGCGAGACCUUUGUGAACGAGAUUCGAUUGAACUCCAAUCUGCGGCUGGAGGACUUCAGACCGGCGCACGCCUCUGCAAAAACGGUGAAGCUGGAUGCAUUUCUGGAAAGGUGAAGACUUUUUGUGCCUGCUAAUACAUUCUUCUCUUGGUUCCCUAGGUUACACCAUCCAUAUCAUUUUCUUUGCCUUUAGGUAUCUUACAGAUUAUCAGUUUUUACUGACCCCAUGUGUUCAUUUCUUGUUCUAUCCAUUGAACGGCUUAUUUAUUACCUGUAGAAUCCGGAGUUAUUAUAGUAAUGGAACAUGGCAGGUUUUCUUA